AUGGUGGCCUCAACCUCUAAGGUCCCACCAACCGGCGAAAGAGGUCCCGGCCCUGCGCAAGCAGGGCCGGACCUAGCUGGAGAUUCUCAGGGGGGCCCCAAUGCAUGGAUCUGCGAGAUCCGGGGCUACCUGAAGGACAACCGCCUUCCUGAAGACGACGUUUCUGCGGAACGUGUCGUCCGGCAAAGCCGGAGGUACGUGCUGGUAGAAGGGGACCUCUACCGGCGUGGCCAAAGUGGCGUGCUCCUCAAGUGCAUUACCCAGGAAGAAGGCCAUGAGAUUCUCAUGGACAUCCAUGAGGGCGAGUGCGGAAGUCAUUCUGUAGCUCGCACGUUGGUUGGGAAGGCCUUCAGGCACGGCUUCUACUAG